AUGGUUGAUCCAUAUGUGUCAUUUUCAAAAGAGAAUUGUAUGGAUUCUUUUCCAUCGUUUAAACAUUUUUAUGAAAAUAAAAAUAAUCAAGAUCCAUUUAAAAUUGAUAAUAGAGAUAUUCAAGAAAUACAAAGUAAUAUUCAAACAAAUCCAAUAGAAAAAACAAAAAAAUCAAAACGAAAUAAUUCAACAUCGAACAGUACAAAACUAAUAAGUACAACACCUACUGUACAAUGUGAUAUUUGUUCAGUAUCUAUAAGUGGUCCAAUUGUUUAUGAUUCACAUAUAAAAGGAAAAAAACAUCAAGCACAAUUAAAAAUUUUACUUACUAAGAAUCCUCAAUAUAAAGCACCUACAUAUGAAGAGCUUUGUUUAUUAAAAAAACAAGAAUCAAUAGUUGUGAAUAAUGAAAAUGAAAAAUCAGAAAUUUCUGUAUCAGAUGAAAUUAUAAAUGAAAAACAAAUUGCACCACCAUUAAUACCAACAAAAAAACUUAAUUGUAAUAUGUGUAAUAUUUCAUGCAACAGUCAACAAAUGUUUGAUAAUCAUAUUACUGGAAAAAAACAUCAAAUGAAACUUAAACUUAGUAAUUUAAGCAAUCCUGCACCACCUCGUGUUGUUCCAGAUAAUAAUCCGUCAUCAUCAAAUUAUUGUGAUGUUUGUUCAAUACAAUUAAAUUCUGAAAAUGAACUAACUGAACAUCUUGCUCAAAGACAACAUCAAACACGAGUGAAAGAAGCUGAAUUCUGUGCUAAAGAAGGAGCUGAUAUGAAUAUUAAUUUUGAUGAUUAUAAAAUAACAAUAACAGAUACAGAAAAAGAUAGUUUUGAUUAUCAAUGUACAUUAUGCAAGAAAAAAUUUCGAAAUAAAAUGCAACUUAUUGAACAUCUUAAAAGUGCACUUCAUAUUCGACUUUCUAAUCGAUCAAAUAAUCCAAGUCUUUCAAAACAAUCUGAUCGAGUAAAUAAUCAAACUACACGAAAUUGUAAUAUAAAUCGUCGUCAAAAUUUUUCUUCAUUUCGUGGUUCAAAUAAAUCUUCAGGAAAAUCACGUUCAUUUCGAUCUCAAAAUUUUUCUCGUACUCAAACAUUUCAAUCAUAUGAUCAAAAUACAAAUAAUAUUUUUGGUGCAUUUGAUCCAAAUAAUCAAUCAACAUUUUCAUUUAAUAAUAACAAUGAUAAUUACUAUUCAUCAACAAAACGUUCAAUACCAUAUGAAAAUAAUUCCAAUGAAUAUGAUGAAUUUUAUUCUAAACGUCCUCGUACAUAUAAUGAUGGAAAUGAUAAUUCACAAGACUUUUAUUCAACUGAUAGAAAUUCUUAUUCAUCAACGACAAAUUCAAAUUAUCCAUGGAAUAAUACUAAUACUAAUAAUACUAAUAAUAGUUAUCCAUCACAAAUAAAUAAUUAUAAUAAUCAAUCAUCAACAUCACAAACUUCAUGGCAAUAUCCAACUGAACCUCAUUAUGAUCAACAACAACAACAACAACAAUAUUCAAGUAAUCCUUCAUCGUCUUAUAUAAAUACAAUGCAUUAUCCUUCUAAUCAACCACCAUUGCCUAAUUAUGAACCACCACCGUUGCCAAGUUAUCCACCUCCAACAUCUUAUACGCGACCUCAAAAUUCAACUUUUCUUGGUACUCCAGGAACUAAUAGUUUUUUUCCAAAUUCAUUCGGCCAAUAA